AUGUGGGAUAUUGUAACAAUUUCCCUAGCCGCAAACAUCAAUAAGAACGAUUUGAAAAUCCAAAAAUAUCUGAAAUACCUGAAAAAUCUGAAAUUCCUCCCUGAAGAAGUUCUAGUCUGUAAUGACGCGUGUGAAGAUGUUGGCUCGGGAGGAAGUGCGUUGAAUGCCUUGUUGAUUACGGUAAGAAUUACUGUAGAAAGAUAUUGGUCGUGUAGAUUACUGUAGAUUUUUCCAGGCUGAAAGAUUAUGCGCCUUGAGAGGGUAUACGGUGCUUUCGGAUGAUGUGCUUGUAGAUUCGAGGAUUUUGAUUGUUCUUGUGGUGGGUUACUGUAGGAAGCUGAGAGUACUGUAGCUAAAAAAUCUAGAAUUCAAAAUUCAAUCAGAAUGCUGUAAUUUUUGGCCCCAAAAUCUAGAAUUCAUAAAUUUUGGCACCAAAUUUCUGAAAUUCAAAACUCUUCAGAAUUACUGUAAUUUUACCCGCCAAAUUCAAAAAUUCAAAUUUUAUUCAGGGCUCCAUCGAAGCUAUCACCAAAAGUGAAGGAAAAAUUCAAGAGGUUCAAAAUGGCUACAUCCAACCAACAUAUUUCUCGAAAGCCAUCGAAAAUGCUGGAAAAAUUGCUGAAAAUACUCAAGGAAAAGGUGUUUGGAUCAUUGGAACUGACGCGUUUUUUGAGCUGAAAUUGGAAAAUUUUCAGCCAGAAUAUCAACAUUUUCAGGCUGAAAAUCAGAUUUCGGCUUUCUGUUUCACUCCGGAAACCAGGCUAGAAUUGGGCGAUUUUGGAAGCUACGAUUCAAAAAAUGGGCCGAUUUCUGACAUAUUUUAUCCCUCAACUAACCCCGAAAAUAUAAUUUUGGCAAUUUUCCAUCUGCCACCAACAAUCGCCGCAAAAUUCCUGGGAUUCAUCAACAUUUUUCCAAUCUCUGCCACAACUUAUUACGGACAAGAUAGCGGAACUCUCGGCCUGAAAUUAUCGAUUUUUUUCGAUUUUCUUCAAGCAACCUGGAGCACAGAGCAGGAUUUUGUGUAUAAAAAUGAGCAAGGAGUGGGGAAGAUUGAAGGCGAGAAAUUGGAGUUGAGGAAUCAGGCGAGGAAGCUGAUAUUUGGAGAAUUUUCGAAAUUUGAAGCGAUUUCUAGGAGCCUAGAAGUUGAAAACUAUCAAUUUUCUGAUUUUUCUGGGCAAAUUCAGGACCUUCAUUAUCUCCACAAUAUGCUUUUAGCAAGCCUGGAGGACUAUUUUAUUGAAGGACCUUCAAAAGCUCCCGAGAACAAUCUGGAAAAACUCAUAAAAUCCGCAGUCAUCCUCAAAAAAAUGCUGAAACUCCCAACCAUCCGUGAUUAUUUUGAGACCAUCACCAAUCUCCGGGUCACCCCACAAACUCUAUUUAGCCUAAGUCUCGGCCUCUCGUUGGAAUCUGAAGGUCUUGGAGGGCUGAGAAGCGGCCCGGCUGCGAAUCGCACACUUUUCGGGCUUUUGGAGAGCCCGGAGAGGUUAUUUGAGGAGAUUCAGAGGAACUGGCGGGGAUCGGAGAGUGGAAUGGUGAGAGCUGCACGGCAUUUGGAGGCGGCUGCGCAGAUUUUGAUCGCCAAAAUGGUCGAGAAUAUGUGUGAGGGGGUGAGUUUUUUGAAAAAAAAAUUUCACUGUUUCAAAAAUUAUUGAAGAAAAAAAUGGGGUGAUUGAAAUUUAAUUCUCACAAAGUGUAAUUUACUACCCGAAAAAUUUCGCGCAUUUUUUGAGACCUGACACGAUCUUAGGGGUGAAACUAAAAUCGAUGAAAUUCAACGCAAAAACGAGAGAUUUAGAGAAAAAUUAUUUUUGAUCUACCCAAAAAUUAAUGAAAAAUUUGAGGUCUAGGGAUUUGAGGUAGUAAAUUACACCCUGUGUUCUCAGCCGAUCAGCUAUAUAAAUUUCAGCAAAAAUCUGGAAAAACAGUUAUUUUUCUUCUUAAUUUCUCACAAAUUUGUUCACUGUUUCAAAAAAUAUUCAAUAAACUUGGGGUUAUCCAAAUUCUAAUAGCCCAAUGCUCGAACUAAUACCGCUUGAAACUUACAAAUGGUUUUUUGGCCCCAGAAAUUCUAAAUUUAAAAUUUCCAGAAAACCCUAACUCUUCCCGAACCAAAUCCAAAAUCUUCUUCAAAAUUCAACGAGGUUACUGUGUUCGCCCCUGCUCGUUGUGAUUUAUUUGGAGGCUGGUUGGACACACCGCCCAUAUUUUUCGAUUUUGAAGAGGCUGGAGUUUUUAAUAUGGCCAUUUUGGUGGAUGGAAAGGUGAGAGAAUUGGCGGGUUUUUUUGGUGGUAAUCAAAACGAUCAAUGAUGGUAACAAUUCAUUCGGAAUCUAGCAAUUUUUACAUGUUUUUCUUGAAACAGUGAAGUUUUUUAUUGUGAAAAAAAUUCCUGGAAUUAGUAGGUUUCAAAAUUUUUGUAAAUUUCUGGAAAUUUUAGAGGAUUUCAUUAAAAUCUUCCGAUUUUUAAAUUUAAAACACUAAGAAUAAGUUAUGACGUGGAUUUCCAGCCCAAAAGUUGAAUUAGAAUUUUAUACUAAUGCAAAGAAGUUUUUGACCGAUUUUUUUUUGAAAUAUUCAAAUUUAUUUAUGGAAUUUUUUGAAACAGUAAAGUUUUUAUUGUGAAAAAAUUCCCGGAAAAUUUAGGUUUCAAAAUUUCUGGAAAUUCUGGAAAUUUUAGAGGAUUUACAAUUUAUCAGAAAAAAAAGUUAUGACGUGGAUUUUCAGCUCGAAAGUGAAUUUAGAAUUUUAUACAACCGCUAAGAAGUUUUUUUUUAGCGAUUUUUUGAAAUACUCGGCCAAAAAACGACAUAGCUCGGGGCGACUCGCUACACAUUUUUCGAGACUUGUUUUGCACUCGGGAAAAAUACGGCGCCAAGGCGACAUCCUGGGGCGCUAAGGCGACAUUCUGGGGCGCCGAGGCGGGAAGUGCUCUCGCCUUGGCGCUAAAAAGGUGCGCAGAGAGAACGCACCGGCGCUAAAAUGGUGCGCCAGUGAGACGAAAAAAAUAAAAAAAAGGUGCGGGAAAGGGGCAUCGAACCUGGGUCAAAACAAUGACAACCCAUCCUCUUAUCCACUCGGACAAGCUUGCUACAUUUUUAGUGCGGAAAAUUUCGAUGAAAAGAGAACAAGAGUCAUUUGUAUGGUAAAAUAAUGGAUUUUUAAUGAAAAUGUCGCCUCGGCGCUAAAAAGGUGCCGUAAUUUCGGCACCUUUUUAGCACCGGGGCGGCCAAAAUUCCUCGACAAUUUUUGUCGCCUCGGUGCUAAAAAGGUGCCGUAUUUUUCCCGAGCAGCGAGUUGCCCCAAACGCGCCUCAAAAGUGGCGAGUGCCGGGCAACUCGCUACAAUUUUUGCCCAAUUUUAAAAUCAUGGUUUUUAUGCUUUUUUUUCGGGAUUUCACAGUAAUCCAUUAAUUAAAUGGCCCAUAUAAAUGUAGGGUAAUAAAGCUUUAAGUAGAUCUACUUUUGCUCCAUAGAUACAAUUUUUGAAAAAUGCUUCUGGACACCCUCCGAGAGAGUGGAUCGGAGCGAGAUGUGGGCAAGUUGCUUCACGCUCGGGCCAGUCGCCCGAAACGUGUAGCGACUCCGCCCCGAUUGGUAGCGACCCCGCCGUUUUUUGCCCGAGUAUUCAAAUUCAUUUAUGGAAUUUUAGAAACAGUGAAGUUUUUCAUUGUGAAUAAAAAAUCCCGGAAAAUUUGGGUUUCAAGAUUUCUGGAAUUUCUGGAAAUGUAAAUAUUUCAGGAAUUUUUUUCAUAAUAAAAAAUUUCACUGUUUCAAAAAUUCAAUAAAAACUUUGAGUUUUUCAAAAAUUCGUUUAUUCUAUUGAUUGAAAAUCCACGUCUAACUUAUUUUUUAAUGUCAAAAUGGAAAAGUUAAUGAAAUCCUUUAAAAUUUCAGAAAAUUUGAAACCCAAACUUUCCGGCAUUUUUUUCACAAUAAAAAACUUCACUGUUUCAAAAAUUCCAUGAAAAUGACCAAGUAAAAAAAAAUUUCAACAACAGUUAUGUGAUAAAUUUUUUUUGUGAAAUGUGUCUAGGAUUGAUUAUCGAUGAAACAGUUUUCUGAAAUAUUCAAAAAUUUUCAUGGAAUUUUUUGAAACAGUGAUUUUUUUUAAUUGUGAAAAAAAUUCAUGGAAUUAUUAGGUUUCAAAAUUUUUGUAAAUUUCUGGAAAUUUUAGAGGAUUUAAUUCACAUCUUCCGAUUUUUGAAUUAAAAACACUAAGAAUAAGUUAUGACGUGAAUUUUCAUCUUGAAAGUAAAUUAGAAUUUUAUACUAAUGAAAAGAAGUUUUUAACCGAAUUCUUGAAAUAUUCAAAUUUAUUUAUGAAAUUUUUGAAACAGUGAUGUUUUUAUGGUGAAAAAAAUCCUGCAAAAUUUAGGUUUCAAAAUUUUUGUAAAUUUCUGGAAAUUUUAGAGGAUUUCAUUAACGCUUUCCAAUUGUUAAAUUAAAAACACUAAGAAUACGUUAUGACGUGGAUUUUCAUCUUGAAAGUGAAUUAGAAUUUUAUACUAAUGCAAAUAAGUUUUUAACCGAUUUCUUGAAAUAUUCAAAUUUAUUUAUUGAAUUUUUGAAACAGUGAAGAUUUUUAUUGUGAAAAAAAUUCCCGGAAAAUUUAGGUUUCAAGAUUUCUGGAAAUUCUGGAAAUUUUAGAGGCUUUCAUUAACUUUUUGUAAUCUUUUCAUCAAUUGCGUAGCUUUAAUUGAUAUAAACGAUUUUUUGAAAUAUUCAAAUUUAUUUAUGGAAUUUUUGAAACAGUGAUUUUUUUAAUUGUGAAAAAAAAUCCUGGAAAGUUUAGAUUUCAAAAUUACUGGAAAUUGUAGUGGUUUUCGUUCACGUUUUUUCCAUAUAAAAAAAACUGAUUAUGAAUUUUAAAAUUGAAAUUUCUAGAUCCAAUAUUUUUCCAGCGUCCAAUUAGUUGCCGCCUUCAAAAAUCCACCACAAACCCCGCCAAAAUUCUUCUCCACCACGAAAAAUCACCAAUCUUCCUCGACGAAAAUCUAUCGGAUUCAAAUAAACCAACCCAUCCAACAUGCCUAUUAUCAGCAUGUAUCAAAUCGCUGGGAUUUUCGAAAUGCUCUGAUUUUUGUGCGAAAUUCGGCGCGGGUUUUGGACUCGAAUUUUGGCUAUGUUCUGAGCUUCCACAUGGCUCAGGUUUGGGGACGAGUUCGAUUUUGGGAGCCACGAUUUUGCGAGCCAUUUGGGAGCUAUACCAGGCUGAAAAUCUUGAGUUUCAGCGUGAAAUUCAGGCGAAAAUUGCGCAUAGUGUGCUGAAAAUUGAGCAAAUUAUGACAACUGGCGGAGGUUGGCAAGAUCAAAUUGGAGCAAUUUAUCCAGGCAUCAAAUUAGGAAUUGCGCAACGAAAUUCUAGUCAGAAUUUCGGCCUGAAAGUCGAGAGAAUCGAAAUUUCCAAGAAAUUCCAGACUGAAAUCAAUUGCAGAUUAGUCCUAAUUUACACGGGAAAAACACGAUUGGCUAAAAAUAUUUUGCAAGAAGUUAUUCGAAAUUGGUACAAGGAUGGAGAAGUGAAGGAGGUUUUGAUGGAAAUGUACAAAAAUAUCGAUGAUUUUUUGGAGAUUUUGUUGGAUGGUGAGGAAAUUUUGUUUUGAAACAGUGAAUUUUUUUGCAACUUCAUAUUUUCAAAAAUUUCCAGGAAAAAUGCCAAUCGAUUUAAUCAAUCAAUAUUAUGCUGCCAAAAAAUUGCUGACAAGUGGAUGUGAACCGAAAAUCGUCAAAAAUCUACUAGCCAAACUGAAAAAGUGGGUUUUUUCCCCAGAAUGUUCAUCUGAUUGUGAAAAUCCCCAAAUUUUCAGCGAAAAUCUCAUCGAAACUGGUUGGUUGGCUGGUGCUGGCGGCGGUGGAUUUUGUUACGUUUGGCUGGCGAAAUCGGUGAAGUUUGAGGAUGUUUGUCGAUUUUUGGAGCGAAAUGGCGAAUUUUGUGAUAUGACGUGUCAUACGGUUACGAUUUCUAAUCAGGAUUUUGAUGUGAUUUUUGGGAAGUAA